AUGAAUGAUGAAACAUGCCCAUCUCAACCAACCGUCAAGCAGAUUGUUAAGAUUCCACGAAAUCGACUAGAGAAUCGGCUGUACAAGCAAGGUUUGGUUGACGACAACAAUGUUCAUCUUUCAUACUUUAAUUUUCGCGUGCUUUGGCCUGCUCUUGCUUUGUCAGUUACCAUGUAUGCACUAUUCCUAGAACACGUACCAUCGCUAAUUGCUCUGACAAAGCAUGACCGAGGCAUGCUCGAAAUUCAGCCGGGACCCUCUUUACAUACAUACAUGGAACCUCUUGGUGUCGUCGGGUCGCUUCAAACAGACCACUUGCCAACCCCUCUAGAACUGCGCAAGGCAUUCUGGACGAAAUACGGAUCAUUUCAAUUUCGAUGCAACUCGACUGUACCUUUUCCCAAGGAUGCGCUUCCAUCUAUUUUAAAUCUCUUUGAAAUUAACGUCAUCGGAAAUGUGAUGUUCCGGCUCUGUAGCUGUUUGCCAAUUGCAGUUCGACUUUUCGUUGUGCACUGCAGAAGGACGUUGAUUCGACGUGACUUUGAGACGUCGUCAUUCAUCCACAACCUGAUGAACGAAGUCGUCCCGGCACUCACAUUUGUUGAACUGUUUGCGAUGGCGCUUUUCAGUAUCGUCGCGAUUCGGAAAGAUUCUCCAGUGAUCAAUCGUUACUGUAAGAUUGCAUUUGCGAUAACAGCAGCUGUGAACAUGAUAAUCACUUCAGCAGUUCUCUUUGCACACAAGAAGAAUAAGCCACAGAGACUAGACUCUAUAUCUAUAUUUGUGAAACUGGUAUCGACCUCUUUAUUCUGCUAUACCUCGCCACAUUACUUCCAACGUCAUCAAGCCAGCAUAUCAUUUCCGAUAUGUCAUGUAUACCUACCGAGAAUAUUUGCACUUAUGGAGUACGUGAUGAUCGCCUCGUACGGUGCAUUCCACUUCACAUCUCUGAUCGACAUUCGAAACGUCACAUUCCUGUGUUACCCCCGCACGUGCUCCGGAGAAUGCGAGCCAUUGGACCCUGAGAAUUUCAAGAAAGGAGAAAAAUACGAACAUUGUCGGGCCUACGAGUACCAACAACGGUUGAUACUUGCAGAAAAAGUCAAGCCGGAUGGCAGUUAG